AUGAAGAGAUACCCUUCUCGAAUUAGCUUCACGGCUUGCACCCCCGUCAAGUCAGACGGGGCCGCAGAUGCCGAAUAUGACAGGCGACCGCAACGUGGAUGCGAGGCGAAUGGCAAUGGGACACCGGGACGUCACGAACGCCUUUCACAUGUACCGGGGCUUGUCAUACAGCAUAUCCGUGGCAACAGCUACAGCAACAGUGACAGUAUCGACAUCGGCAGCGACGGGGAUUAG